AUGGAUCCAAUCGCUCACUCAGGGCACUACAUCGGCAGUCCAAAUGCCAGUCACUCGCUCUCUCCGAUGUCUUACUCUCGUUCAUCUUCACUGCGCUCCUGGUUGCGAUCCGGAUCGUUUCGCCGACCAGCACAAUUCAUCGGGCCGCUUUACCAUGGCCUAUUAAUUCUAAUGCUUAUUCUCUGUUUCUCGCCGAUAUCAACGCUGGCGCAAUCAACAGCCAGCGCAUCAGAUCUAGCCCCGGAUGGGCCCCGAUCGGCGUUGGGGUCAAGCGGAGAGAUCAACCUGGAUGAUCUUGUCGAACGACGUCCAUCAUUUGAGCCCCACGAAAUCAUACAAGUUGAUAAAGACCACAGCGACGAAAAAGCGACAUUGCCAGGCACCGAUCAGAAUGAUGGCUUGUUACUACCGAGAAGCAUUGUGACUGCCGACAAUUCGUCUUCCAGUGACCUGCCGUCUGCAUUUGACACCCUCUCCAACAACUUCGCCAACGCCACCUGCGUCGCCUUCUUCGAUACAUUCCGCUCCAACUCGUCGUUCACCGACUGUUAUCCAGUAUCGGUCCUCCUCGGCAAUUCCAAUUCCUUUUUCCAUACAUUGACCUCAGCCGUGGCUACCUCCCACGUGCUCGACGUUGCAUGCUCCCAACCAGUCGCCAAGUGUGCAUCGAUCAUGAACUCGCUGGCUAAAGAAAUGCUUCACCACAGUAAUUGCGGUGGAGAUUACGAAUCGAAUAACUCGGUUGUCCAAAGCGUCUAUCAGGAGUUGAUGGCAUAUGAGCCCAUGUACCGCGCCUCUUGCCUGUCCAAUCCGGAUACCAAGGACUAUUGCUUUGUCGAUGCCGUUACCAACACGACGGCCCCGAACGAUUAUAAUAUCUAUUUCAUUCCCAUUGGUAGCACCUUGAGUGCGUCGGGGAAAUUGACCUGCAACGAAUGCUUGCAAGCAACCAUGAAGAUCUUCGCCCACUGGGCCACCAUCGACGGCCAGUCUCUCGACUCCACCUACGUGCCGUCUGCAAAAGUGGUCAAUAAUUACUGUGGCUCCAAUUUUGUCACUACCAAUGUCACUGUCGGCUCCGACAAAGUGACCUCCGGCGCUGAACAGGUGAUGCAAUCAGCUAAUUUCCGGCUUAUUACUUCACUAUUCGCCAUCGUCCUCGGGACAACGAUGGCGGGGGUAUUCUAA